AUGGUGACCAACUUUGUGAUCCGACACCCCUUCGAGCUUCUUGAGGACUUUACAAAUAAUACGACGCCAGAGACAAAGAUAACGACAAGGACUUCUAAGACACAGCUCAAGAGAAUCGAGAACGAACUCAAAGAGAAAUUGGAACGAAUGGGCUUGAUCUUUAGAGCAUCAAUGACAGAGCAUAAGAUCAACGAAGAAACAAAGACUGCACUUGAGGCACAAUUCAAGAAUACACGUCGACGAAUCUGUCUUUCUCAUCUGGACAAAACAUUCCGGGAACGAUACGAGGACGAGUUCGAAGACAUCAAAGGCUCAACAGAUUUCUACGCUCUAUUGCACCAGAUUAUUGGAGAGGAGAAACCAGAAGAACUUGCAAAAGAAGCACGUCAAAAACUCUCGACGAUAUCCAGACGCACAGACGAGGAGGAAACCUUUACACGAUUCUAUACAAGAAUUGAAAAACUCGCCAUUUUAGCAAGUAAAGGUAAAGAUGUGCUGAAGGAACAUUUUCUAGAGGAAUCAUUCAAUUCCAAUCUGACGCCAGAUCUCAAACGUUACAUUCUGGACCAGGGACAAUCAUCAAAAACGCCAAAAGAAAUCGCAAACUACCUGGACAAGAUGAAAAAAUUCAAACGACGAGUCGAAAUAAGUGCCGUCAGCCUGGAGAACAAUCUUCUUAAAGAAGAAGUCUCCGCAUUACGACUUGAAUCUGCUUCCUUUUCUCAGCUACUUGCGAAAAUGGAUGCAAAGAUGGAUGCCCUCAAAAUCGAACUCGCUGAGGUAAAUAAGAUUAAGGCGACGACCCGAGAACAACCACGGGAAAGUUUCAACCAAUCCCGACAGACAACCGAACAGCAAAACGCGAUUCAUACCACGGCCCGAUUCACUGCUCCUUCUGGAAACUCGUUCAACCCGGAACGGCCAAGAACACAACUCGAACGACGACGUGACGGCUCAAUUAUCACCUGCUUUUCUUGCGGAAUGAAGGGCCACUCCAAGAAGAACUGCCGAGGAACUGUCAUCUGCCACAUUUGCAAUCAACGCGGCCAUAUCAAGGACAUCUGCCCAUCGCGACAGCCAAAAAACUAA